GUGUAAUACUUUGACCAUCCCACCUGGGCACAUGGAGGCCCAAGGUAACUCUCACGGGGCAACAUACGUACGAACACACAAAUUAUCAUAUGAACCCUUCCAGGCUUCACUAUCAUUAUUUUGUCAUGUUCAUCGUGCUCUGUAUCUUGGUAACUAGUCAUAGUAUAAUGCAUGGAGGAAAAUCUAUAUUAAUAUACUGUAAUAUUGCAUUUUAUUGCAAACCGUGAAAAAUCUUGUUUAACCACUGGAAGUGAGGGAAAGCACCAUAUACUGGAGUUACGAAAUGGAGAACCGAAGCACAUAGGAAUGACCGACCUGACGUCGUGUGUAGGGAGGCCUGCCGUAUCAGUGUGGACACGGUUGCUCAAAGGUUAUGGAGGUUCAGCCACAACGUCAUGUGAGGCCACCUCGGACGAGAGCUAAUCGACCUGAGGUGAUAACGAGUCGCGGCAGGAUUAUUGGAUAUCACGAGGCAGGGAAGGGGAUACGGGAGUUUAGUCGCCUUCUUGGUAUCUCCAGGGAUACAGUUAGGCUUUGGAUGAGAAGAUAUGAGGAGGAGGGUCACGUGCUCACCAGGCCCCGACCAGGAAGACCAAGAGUCACCACACCAGCGGCAUAUCAACAGAUUCAAAGGCCAGCAGAGCGAGCACCACUCUCAACUGCCGAGCGUAUAACGAGGGAAACAGGAGUUCAGUGUCAUCCGAUAACUACCAGGAGGCGAAUACGGGAGAUUGGCCGACAAUGUUUUAUCCCAGCACGUAAGGAAACUUUAACAGAGGCACACAGAGAAGCACGUAAAAGGUUUGCUGAGGCGUAUGCGGAUGUGGGAGUCGAUUUUUUGAGGUCCUCAUUUUCACCGAUGAAAAAUGUUUCUCAUCUGUCGCAGCAGUCGGUCGCUAGUGUUGGCGAUUAUGUAAUACAAGAUAUGCUCGAAGACACAUCCAUGAGACAUCGACAAACAAUCGUGUGACAACCUCCAUGCAUGGGUGGAUGUGGUGGGGAGGUGUUGGUGAACUGACGGACAUUGAGGGACGCAUGAAUGCAGACCAGUAUAUAAAUAUUCUAGAGACAUCCUUUCUACCAUCGGUGAGAGCAUAUGCCAUCCCAGUCCCACAGCCUAUAUGUAUGGUGCAAGACCGCAGUCCACUACAUACAAGUCGGGCAGUCAAGCGUUGGUUUGAGGCGCACCCGCAGAUUAUUCUAUUGGA